GGCUGCCGCCCUGGCCCCUCUAGAAAGCAGCAGCUCCGGGGGACUGGUGGCAGGACUGUAUUGUCCCCUCUGCCAUCAGUGUGGGGCCGGGAGGGCCCAGGCGGUUACUGGAUACAUUUCAGGAGUGGCUGCGUGCUGCAGACCUGGGCAAAUCUGGAGUUCUCUCCAUGGGGCCCAAGGGCAGGGCCAAGUGCCCUUGCUGUGGCCCAGAGCCAGGACCCUGGGCAGCUGGCUGUGGCCCCUGUGGUUGUGUCCCAGGCCAGGACCACGUGGACGGGCAGAUCCUGGGCCAGCUGCGCACCCUGACAGAGGAGGAAGAGGCAGAGGAGGGUGGGGCCAGCUCGCCCCCAGGACCUGUCUUCCCUGGGAUGGGCUCUGAGGAACUGCGGCUGGCCUCUUUCCACGACUGGCCACCGACUGCUGGGGUUCACCCUGAGGCACUGGCUGCCGCUGGCUUCUUCCACACAGGCCAGCAGGACAAAGUAAGGUGCUUCUUCUGCUACGGGGGUCUGCAGAGCUGGGAGUGCGGGGACGAUCCCUGGACCGAGCACGCCAAGUGGUUCCCCAGGUGCCAAUUCCUGCUCCGCUCAAAAGGAAGGGGCUUUGUCCGCAGUGUCCAGGAGGCCUACUCCCCGCUGCUCGGCUCCUGGGACCAGUGGGAGGAACCAGAAGACACCGCCCCCUCAGAUGCCAGGGGUGGCCAGGAGUGGUCAGAGAGGAGCCAGUGCCCAGAUGUGUCUACCAGCAUGUCCUCAUCACAGCUAGUGGCCAACCUGCUCCAGGAAGAAAAUGGGGACCAAGCGACGAGGGCCAGAGCUCCUGUCCAUGAGGGCCCUGAGCUGCUCAUGCCCAGAAGAGAGGCCCAGCCUGAAGGUGCCAGCGAGCCAGGAGCCAGCGACAUGCAGGAGCAGCUGCAGCGGCUGCGGGAGGAGAGGAGGUGCAAGGUGUGCCUGGACAGAGCCGUGUCCGUGGUCUUCGUGCCCUGCGGCCACCUCGUCUGUGCAGAGUGCGCCCCCAGCCUGCAGCUGUGUCCCAUCUGCAGAGCAGCCAUCCGCAGCUGUGUACGCACCUUCCUAUCUUGACCAGAUGCUGUGGUGGGCCAGAUGGGCUGCCCAGUGAGCACCCACCCACCUCACCUGUCGCAGGCCAUGCAACAGGUCUGCUGAGGAUGCUGUGACUACCACUGACCAGCCAGGAUGGAAGAGCCUGCGUGGGCUCGGCGGCUUCACUGUCACUGUGAGGGUAUUUCUGCGGAUAAAUAAAGCAAGGAUUUCCCAUG